UUUUCCUUGAUUUUCACUUUGCUAUUAUUUACAAAUAUCAGCAAAAUCCACUAAAUAAAUCCAUCCUGGUGACACAGUGUUUUGGACUUAUUAAGGGGCUGCUUUAUUAACUGGAGUCAGUUAUGCUUCUAUGGAGAAAUCUGUGAGCAAACCAGCUCAAGUGGCCACCAUAAGCGGCUGGGUUUAUUAUCCGAUAAUGUAUUAAGUGGAUUGUACUCUUUUUGACAAGUUAGUCAUUAUUUGUUGUUAUGCUUCAGCUUACAUGAGCUGGAUUAGUAACAAUUAACAUAUAAUGUUCAACUCAUGUCGAGAGACAAGAGGCAGGAAAGACAUAGCCAUAGGUACCAAAUUAUGAAUCCUAAUUAGUUUUCUAGCUUGGCAUAAGAUUCAUUUGCCAUACAAUUUUUGUUUUUUAGAGAAGAAUGUUACCAUUACAAGAUGUGUUCAUUGCAAUUGCAGCACUGUUAUAUGCCUAGAAAUCAUAAUAACAGAAAAGUAUCAAUGACAAGACAUUCAACAGCGUGCACACUGCACACAGGUGCCCCAGCGUGCACACCAGUGCAACCUGGGGUACACUGAAUGACAGGACAGGAAGCAUGUGGGCAAGACUGGCCUGCUUGGCAGCAUCUGAGUUUGUCUGUGACCACUCCAAGCCACAAUGGAUACUGGUCAGGGAAUGUUGGAGGCAGAGAUGAACAUGUUCGAGCAGCAGAUCGGCGGCGGCGCCGGUGUUGCCGUGGCCCCGGAGGUCGUCUCUGCCGAGCCACGGCCGCCAGUCAUCGCCGCCAACACCUUCACCUCGGUUCAGGAUAAGCUCACACAAAUAGCUUCGGAGGGCUACGGUGGUGCAGUGGCUGCCGCAGCGCCACCUAGGCCGGCCAAUAUGUUCGUACCUCACCAGCUUAGCAAACCGUCAGGUCCGCUGCCCCCGCCUCCGCCGCCGCCUCCGCUGCCGGAGCUGCCAGAGAUUGGAGGUCCGCCGGUGACCGCGGUGGGUGGCGCGGCUCCUCCGCCCCCUCCGCCCCCGCCCCCGCCGCCUCCUCCACCCGGCUACGUGCCGCACCACUACGGGCCCGGGCCGGGCAUGGGCCCGCCGGGCGGAUUCGUGCCACCGCCUCCGGGCUAUGUGCGCGGCCCCGGCCCGCCGCCCGGCUGGAGGGGCCCGGCGCCGCCGCGACCUGUCAUCUCGGCACCUGUCAUCAGCUCCGGGCCCAAGGUAUACGCCUCCAAACCUCAGCUGAAGCGGCCCGCGCCCGCCGAGGAGGAGCCCGCUGCCUCUCCGGCCGCCGCCGCCGACGCCAAACCCUCGCCCUCUGCUGCCUCCGCCGGCGGCUCGUCAAAGAAGUCCAAAGCGGCGGCGAUGGCUGAACGGGUGGCCUCCAGUACCACGACUGUGGUGGACGGCAGUAAACCCGGCGGCAGCGGCGGCAGCGGUCACCAGCACGGGGGAAAGCAGGGCAAACAACAGAAACAGAAGCGACCGAAGAAGUUCAUCCGCACGGCCGGUGGUCAGAUCUGGGAGGACCGCUCCCUGCAUGACUGGGACCAGGAUGACUUCCGCAUCUUCGCCGGCGACUUGGGUAACGACGUGACGGAGGACGUGCUUACGCGCUACUUUUCCGUCUACCCGUCCUUCGUCAAGGCCAAGGUGGUGCGCGACAAGCGCUCCAACAAGACCAAGGGCUACGGGUUCAUCAGCUUCCGCGAGUCGGACGACUACGUACGCGCCAUGAAGGAGAUGAAUGGAAAGUACGUGGGCAGCAGACCGAUCAAGCUGAGGAAGAGCCAGUGGCGCGACCGGCAGAUCGAUGUUGUCCGAAAGAAGCAAAAGGAGCGAGCUGCGUUCGGACUGUUGUGAUGCUCGUCCACGACGUGUAUCUUUAUUAGCCUCAGUCCAGCAGAACAUGCGGCGUGUUGUGUCUAAUUCGUGUCAUCAGAGCGGCUCAUGUGGUGUGUAUCGCUGUUGAACGGAUCUCACAGCUGCAAACUGUGCGACAGUUUCGUCUCAACCGACAGGCGAUUUCUAGAGGAGAACAGCGGUCGUGUGGCAUACAGUGUGACAUACGAAGGGCGGAGUGGUCUUGCGCGAUCCAGAACCCCGCUACCAUUGCCAUCAUUCUUCGUCCCGAUAGCUGACGGGUCACUAGCGGUCAGCCCGGCACAGCAGCUCGAGUGCUCGCUGAAUGGGAGUUCUCUGGCGGUGAAGCUGAGAGGGGACUUUGACGGAGCCUGUGCGGUGUGAUAGUUGCCCGGAUGCACGCUGCCCGGACCUACUUACACCAGUCGGCCUAUCUGAUGUCGCUGGUGCCGUGGAGCUGUGAAUGACACGCUUUGGUCCAAGCCGCACAUACCACCCCAAGUGAACCAAAUGGUGUCUCAGCUGAAUACUAUCGCCAGAUCUAAGGGGAGCUGUGGUUUUGUGUAACAGUCUUACGUUACACAAAACCACUAACAGUGCUAGGAGACGUUUGUGCUUACGGGCUCAGGCUAAAAACACCCAAUCCUAGAAAGCUGGGAAGUGAAUAUUCCUACAUCGCGUGAAAAUGUUCAUUGAUGCGUUCUCGUUCUGAUCUUUGAUACAUGCGCAAAAUUCCUCUCAAAGGUUUCAUAGACAAACUCUGCCACAUAUUGACCAAAUGCUGGCAUUUCAUUCAGCGUUUUCCAGAAGCUCCAGAACGGUUAGACUCUGACUGACGUAACCGGCUCCAUAAGUCCAGAGAGCUUUGCCGCAUCGAUUUGGCAGUGUCGUCAGCCCCCAGACCUCUCACGUUAUCCCUAGGUCUGCUGGAAGCUCUGUCCUGCUGUCGUGACCCUACCAUCGUCAUUCAUCGUGUACUUGUGUGUCAUCAGAUGUUUGGUUUUCGCCGAAAAAAAGCGAAUACAGUUAAUCGGCUACUG